AAUCUGGGCGCGUUUUUGCGUCAGUUGAAAUUUUCAUUUCGAUCGUUAAAGACAAAAAAGCCAACAAAAGCUUUUUUUCCAAAAAAUUUAAUUUUUUCCAAACUAAUUUAACAAAACACAGAAAUUAUAAAAAAUGGCUCCCCGCAACAAGGAACAAGAACAAGAAGUCUUGAACUGGAUCUUCGAAGUUUUGGGCGAAAAAGUGCCAGCUGGUCAAUAUGAAGAUAUCUUGAAGGACGGUGUUGUUCUCUGCAAACUGAUUAACAAAUUGGCUCCCGGCUCCGUCAAGAAGAUCCAAGAACGUGGCACCAACUUCCAAUUGAUGGAAAACAUUCAACGUUUCCAGGCUGCCAUCAAGAAGUACGGUGUACCAGAAGAGGAAAUUUUCCAGACAGCUGAUCUCUUCGAGCGUCGCAAUAUUCCCCAGGUCACUUUGUGCCUGUACUCUUUGGGACGUACCACCCAACACCAUCCCGAAUUCACCGGCCCCACAUUGGGACCCAAAAUGGCCGAGAAGAAUGUACGUGAAUUCACCGAAGAACAAUUGCGUGCCCACAAUGCUGAACUCAACUUGCAGAUGGGCUACAACAAGGGUGCCUCCCAGUCUGGCCAUGGUGGUUUCGGCAACACCCGUCAUAUGUAAAUAAUUUCCAGCCGCAUCCAUCCUUCUAUCCAUCUGCCGUAGAUUUUUGUUACUCUUUACUAUGUAUUAAGUCAGCGUUUUUUCGUUUCGUUUUGUUUGUUUAAUUUUCUUUUUUUAAAUUUAACUGCAAAUUUUCAUAAAUUUUUCGUUCUUUUUUUUUGACGUCCAUUGUCGUCGUCGCUCACUCAUCGUAAUUCUUUUUGUUUCUGUCAUUUUGUUUGUUUUCCUAUUAAAAAUAAGUGAGGUCUAGCUAGAAUAAAACAAAAAAAGAGAAACGUUUAUGUAUUUUUUGUCGCUCUUAACAUUUUUUAAUUAAGUAAAAUAAAUAUUAAUUCUAAUUCUAAAAUAAACAAGAAAAAACACAAAGAA